CGCGUGAGAGAGAGAGAGAGAGAGAGAGAGAUUGUUGAAGGGGGGCUUAGGUCAACAGGGAACCACACCACACUAUCCUCCCAACAUCUGUUCUCACCUCAAGCCCCACCUCUUGCCUGAGGAGAAGGGCAUGUGUUUCAGGCACACCAACCAGAUCUUUCGUCCAUCGGGAAGAAAGGUUCACAGGACAAGAGAAACCCAACUGCUCAUUGCUUUUCCCCAGACGUCCGAGCCUCACUGGAUGUAUGGUUCCUGAAGCGACACUCCUCCUUCCCCCUUCCCUCCUCCUCCACCUCCCAGCAGCCGCAGCUGUUGCCACAUCCAUUUGCUUUUCACAGAGAAAAGAGAUUUAGUGGGAAAGAACACAUCUUGCCCAUUUUUCUUGCGUGGAUUCUGGUUUCUCCAAGACAAAAUCUUCAACAAUCGCUGCUCGGCACCACGCCUUACAACCAGGAGCUGGGAAAUGAGGAAGCAUGGGUGGCAACUUCCUUAUCAUCCUCUUCAGGUGGUGGCGAUAGCUGUGUUUCUGGCGCUGGGGUUUGCUUUCUAUGUGUUCUUUGUCCCAUUUGUUCCGACAAAGCCGUUUCAGUAUGUGGUGAUGGGGCUUUACACUCCCCUGGUUACAUGUGUCUUCUGCUUAUAUGUCUGGUGUGCAGCAACAGAUCCUGGUGACCCUGGUAUUUUCAGAUGUAAGAAGAAUCUUAAAGUAGAGGGCUGCAGAGAACAGAUUCUUUCCAAAGAGUCUAAGCAAGAAGGUUCAACAAAGCAACUAAAUGUUGAAACAACAGCCCAAAAGCAAUUUGAAGGGAGCAAAGAUUCUGUUUAUACCAGGGGUGAAUUACAUUCCAAACAUGAAAGUGAGAGAUUGCCUUGCAACAGUGUACCUUGCUUGGCUGUUCUUUUGAGCUGGUGUGGUAUGUCUUGUAUGUGUAACUGGUGUCAAUCACAUGAGCAAUCUUCUGAACAGCAAAUGGAUGAGGAAGGGAUGUUCUACUGCAGUUUAUGUGAAGUUGAGGUGUUAAAGAAUAGUAAGCACUGUAGAGUUUGUGACAAAUGUGUUGAUGGCUUCGAUCAUCAUUGCAGGUGGAUCAAUAACUGUAUAGGAAGAAAAAACUAUAGAAGGUUCUUCAUCCUCAUGGCAUCUGCUCUUCUCUUGCUUAUUCUGCAGUGGUUGAUUGGGAUCCUAGUCCUGAUUUUCUGUUUCCUUGAACGAAAGCAUUUCUCUGCCGAAAUCAUAUCAAAGUUGGGAAGCAGCUUCUCUUUAGUACCCUUUGUUGUUGUGGUGGCUUCCUGUACUUGCUUAGCUAUGGUUGCCACUCUACCACUUGCACAACUUUUGUUUUUCCACAUUCUUCUAAUAAAAAAGGGAAUCAGUACUUAUGAUUACAUCAUAGCUCUGAGGGAGCAGGAGCAGGAGCAGGAGCUGGAGCAACAUGCUAUUGGUGAACCGCAAAGUCCACAGAUGUCCCAAGUGAGUUCUUUCACUGGACUAAGCAGUGCCAGUUCUUUCAAUGCGUUCCACCGAGGUGCAUGGUGUACUCCACCAAGAUUAUUCCUGGAGGAUCAGUUCGAUGUUGUACCCCCAGAGACUGGCACAUCCAUGAAUCACAUAAGCAAGAAGAUGAUGGCAGAGGAACCAGUCAGGAAGAGAAAUGCUGGAAAAGUGAAAAUUAGCCCGUGGACCCUUGCACGUCUUAAUGCUGAAGAAGUUUCAAAAGCUGCUGCACAGGCAAAGAAGAAGUCUAAAAUCCUGCAGCCAAUUGUUAGACGAGAAAUUCUUCUUGGGCAUGACACAGAUGGUAGUAUUGGCAGUAGUAGUGGCAGAAUGGUCUUGUGGCCUGAUAACCGUAGGCAGAUGAACAAAAUAGGGAGGAUUCCAGUGGACCUUCCUCUUGAACCUCUUGCAAAAAUUUCUGAUAGUGCAACUGACAGUAAUGUUGGUGACCUGGUUCCUGAGACAUCCACCAGUUUAGCACCUCUACAGCUUGAAGCCAGGAGUGCUUUUAGGCCUAACAUGCCAAUGUCAUCAGCUAGAGUUGUUGCUUCUUCUCCUGAUAGCAGUUUGGGUUCACCUGAUCUACAUCCAUUUCGCAUCUCUUUGUCAGGAGCUGAGGAAGUACAGCGUCUCAGUUCUCAUUCUGUGUCGGGCACUGUUGCACCAAAGGGGAUUCAAUUAUCAAGAUCAACCAGUGAUGGGUAUGAAGCAUCUGGGGGCGAAGACAGUGACCGGAUUCCAUCCAGGAUUGUGCACCGAUCUUCCAAUUGGGCUAGCAUUGCCCUCGGUGCUGAACAUGGUCAGAUGGAACAUGAUUUGAAGUUCACGCCAUCUGCUAGCUUGCAAUCAUACAUGAAAUCACAAUAAUGCAGCAUGCAGCCUGGACGUUAUGUUUUAAUCUCCUUCAUUCGGUCAGAAAAGAUCGAAAAAUGGCAAUUGGGAACUGCUGAACAAUUGCUCUUCUUAUGACAUAUUGACUGGAACUCCAUCUGACAUGGAAACGGCAGUGGCUGGAGACUACAAAUUUGGAAGUAUUUUGGUAUUGGAACUUGCGGCUAUUGCAUAGAAUGUGCAUCACCUGGUCACAUUUGUUAUCGAGGUAGAGCAGAUGACAGAUUUGCUAAACUCUCUGGUUACACUUGCAUUGUUAUACUCAUUCAUUUGCCCAAGUGUGGCUUGUUGCGGAUGCUUUGUGUUGGCAUUAAGUUCAACUGAAGUAGUUUUCAGACUGACAUUGUUGAUGUACUCAAAAAUUUGAUUAUUAACAUGAGUUUCUGAAA